AUGGCGCCGAAAGACGAGAAACAGUCCCUGACGCAUGACCUGCUGUCGCGCGCCCACAGUCCAGACAGCACAAAUCGAAUAUACUCGGAAAAGAUCCAACAUCGACCUCUAUUCCUCAAGCCGAGCUCCCCACCCCCGUCCAACGCGCGAGAUGCCAGACGGAAAGCCCGCAAGGACAAGCAGAAGCGCGCGAAUGCAUUGGAACCAAAACCCCUAUCUGCGCGACAGCGACGCAGUCUCGGGUUCUACUAUGUCCCAAAGACGGGCCAAAAAUACUCCAUAUACGAGCCCCUCAACAAGCUAUGGCUUGGGUACAUCCGAGAGAUACUUGGAAACGAUGUCUACGCCGGCGGACAGAGUGCGGGUGCCAAGUUGAGCGCUGCCGACUUCCACGGCGCCGAAGUCGAGGUCGCGAGGAGUAUCUGUCCUAGUCGCGUCGGCAUCCGCGGCAUUAUUAUCAAGGAUUCGAAAUCCACCUUCGAAUUCAUCACGAAGCAUGACAAGAUCAAGACUGUGCCGAAGGAGGGAACUGUAUUUCGAAUCGACGUCCCAGCGCAAGAAGCCAAGGAAGACCAGGGACUCUUCAGCUUCGAGAUAUAUGGCGAACAGUUCCAGCUGCGGUCCGCCGAUCGUGCGAACAAGAAGUUCAGGGCUCAUUAUUUGGACAAGCUGUGA